CAGUUGUCCAAGAUGGCGGAGGUGAGCGGGCUGAGGAGCAGAAAUCACUUCGAGCCCAACUGCAAAAGCCGAGUCGCUGACGAAGGCUUGAGUGGUGUGGAAGAUGUCCCCAUUUUUCGACAUAAGCGGAGGCCUCCUUUAGCCAGGCCUGAAGACCUGGAGGAUGAGCUGCUCCCCAGGACCACAGCCUCAAGCUCGGGCAAAAACGCCAACCUCACCCCCUCACCAGAUGAAGAGACUCAGGAAGAAGAGGCUGUAGUAGAGGAAGAGAAGGCCAGGCCCAUCCAGAUCGUUCUGGCAAACGAGGAUGAGCACAGCUUUGAGCUGGACGCCGCAGCGCUGGAGAAGAUCCUGCUGCAGGAUCACGUAAAAGACCUGAAUGUGGUGGUCGUGUCUGUGGCUGGAGCCUUCCGCAAGGGCAAGUCCUUCCUGCUGGACUUCAUGCUGCGCUACAUGCACAGUCAGAGUGAGUCGUGGAUAGGAGGUGAUGAUGAGCCCCUGACAGGGUUCACCUGGAGAGGAGGCUGCGAGAGGGAGACCACAGGAAUUCAGAUCUGGAGCGAAGUCUUUGUGGUCGACAAGCCUGAUGGCAGCAAGGUUGCUGUGCUCCUUGUUGACACUCAGGGAGCAUUCGACAGCCAGUCCACCAUAAAGGACUGCGCUACUGUGUUCGCCCUCAGCACAAUGACCAGCUCUGUGCAGGUGUACAAUCUCUCCCAGAACAUACAGGAGGACGACCUGCAGCAUCUGCAGCUCUUCACAGAAUAUGGCCGGCUGGCAAUGGAAGAGAUCUACCUGAAACCCUUCCAGUCCCUGAUGUUCCUGAUUCGGGACUGGAGUUAUCCUUAUGAACACAGAUACGGACUGGAAGGAGGCAACAACUUCCUGGACAAAAGACUGCAGGUGAAGCAGAACCAACACGAGGAGCUGCAGAAUGUGAGGAAGCACAUCCACUCCUGCUUCUCCAACAUCGGCUGCUUCCUGCUGCCACAUCCUGGCCUCAAGGUGGCCACCAACCCGUACUUUGACGGCAGGCUGAAAGACAUUGAUUAUGAUUUUAAGAGGGAGCUGGCCAAGCUGGUGCCUCUCCUCCUGGCACCAGAGCGGCUGGUUGUGAAGGAGAUUGGAGGCAACAAAGUCACCUGCAGAGAUCUCCUGGAGUACUUCAAGGCUUACAUAAAGAUCUACCAAGGGGAGGAACUGCCUCACCCUAAGUCCAUGCUGCAGGCGACAGCAGAAGCAAACAACUUGACUGCUGUUGCAGGAGCCAAAGACUUGUACGGCAAGAACAUGGAGCAGGUCUGUGGUGGAGACAAACCAUACAUCGCCCCCGCCGACCUGGAGCGCUGUCACGAAGAGUUUCGCGAGCACUCAGUGCGUUACUUCCGCUCUGUGAAGAAAAUGGGCGGCGAGGAGUUCUGCCAGCGCUACCAGAGCCAGCUUGAGUCCGAGCUGGACGAAACCUACAACCACUUCUCCAAGCACAACGACGGCAAAAACAUCUUCUACGCAGCACGCACGCCUGCCACGAUUUUUGCAGUCAUGUUUGUCACCUACGUGGUGUCCGGGGUCACGGGCUUCAUCGGUCUGAGCACCUUGGCAGCGCUGGCUAACCUUGUCAUGGGUGUGGCGCUGCUGUCGCUCUGCACGUGGGCAUACGUGAAGUAUUCUGGAGAGUUUCGGGAGCUGGGAAUGCUGAUAGAUCAGGUGGCCGAGACACUCUGGGAACAGGUUUUGAAGCCACUAAGUGAACAUUAUAUGGAAGACAACGUCAGACAGACGGUGGUUAACUCAAUAAAAGCCAGCUUGACAGAUCAGGGCUCGCAGCACACCAGGUUAAAGACUCACUGACGCUCUUCCUCCUCCUCAUCUCCCCCGCCAUGUCCCUCCUGCCCACUCGCUCAACGUGCUCAAUCCUAGAACUGUGGAACUAGUUCAACACCAAAGCUGACCCUCUUUAAUCCCUCACCCCCAAACGUCCGCCAUCGCGUCGCUGCCCCGCAUCUUAACUUGCUGUUGUGGACCUGUAGGCUCGCUGUCUGCCCUGCUCUUCAUCGCCCCCCAGUGCCUCAGAGCAGAAACUGCACAUUCAUGAGAGGACCGAGCAGAGAAGCCGGCGGCCUCUUGCCAAAACAGGACCUGAAGGACUGUCAUCUUCUCCAGUGUGCCAUGCUGUGAUGCAUCUUGUGCUGUAACGCAUACUGUAGGUUCACACACACACACACACACACACAUACACACACACUUGUUGGUAGCGCUUCAGGAUUGAGCUGCAAUUCAGGGAAAACUGACACCAAUGUGGGCAGCUGUUAUCAACAAUGGAUGCAAACUGAAACACUUUUCUGUGCGUUUAAUCGUUUUGCCUCACAGGACAGAGCUUCUUUCUCUUCAGCCUGUUGAUUUCCUACAAGCACAAGUGACUAAUCGACUAAUAACGAGGUGAUUGUCGUGUUCAUGUUUAUUGUUAUUUCAGGAGACAGAUGUUUUUGAUUCUACUAAAGUCAAUUGAAAACUCCAUCAUGUACGAGCUGGAGAGGCUUUUUAACGGUCAAAUUUCCAGCCUGUCUCCACCUACAAAUCUGAGAACUGAACUGAUGAGAGCAGGAAAUUAAGCAAAACUGUUUUUUUAUUUUUUUUCUGCUGACAUACCACUACUUCACCCGCCUCUCUCCUUUCAUUCGGUUUUUCACACUAAGUUUGAAAGUCUCAUUAACCGGGUGACAUGUUCAAACUGUGGGCUCAGGUUACCUCUCUCUCCCUUUAAUAUUUUGUGAUUGUUACCCUGAAGAGAACUGUAGUGAGCCUCGAGCCUCUCAGCUGACUUUUGACGUGUUUUUAAUUUAGGACUGACAUGUUUUAUCUGGCCUUUAGUGUUUUCGUAGUGGACCUUCCAGCGUUUGGCCCUCUGCAUGGUAUUAAGAGCUACUGUAUCAUAGCAUUAAAGCUGAGGGCUUUUGGAGCCCAGGCCUCUGUAGUCAGGUAGCCAGAGACGACUGUCACUUUCGAAGCAUAUUCUCUUUCACUGCCUUUCAUGAAAGCUGCACUUUCCCUGCACGUUUUCCCUCACAUAUUUAGGACCUCAGUUCUUGCUUUUGGGAAUCUUAUUUUAUUAGAGAUGCAUGUCUUUUUCCAGCUACUAUUACACCUCUAAAGGAGCAGUUACACAUUUUGGAAAAUAUGAUUAUUCGCUUUCUUGAUUCAGAUGAGAAGACUGAUGGCAGUCAUAGGAUCUACGAAAUUUUUAAAAAUUUGCCUAUACAAGCACCUCAAAAGCUCUACUACAUUUUGUUUGUUGAAUUUAUACACAUCUUUUUAUAUGAAUUAAACAAACGUGAAUUGGCAAGCUUUAGUGUUAGUGGACAGAUUUUUUACCUGUUUUGGACACGUUCUGGUUGUCCAGGGCAAGUAAAUUUCCACAUCGGGCCAGUAAAUCCACUAACACAAUAAAAAAAAUUUACAAGACAAAAGAAAAAAGAGAGACAAAACUUAUUCUUUUUCAAAAAGUUAUGGUGGAGGUUGCUAAGGAGUGAGCCAUCUGCCUUUCCUUCUCAUCUCUGUUGAGAGUUUCACAUGUGCAGUAACACUCAGGCACUUGUGAGAAAAUUGUAAUGGGUAAAGACAAGGUUUAUGAACUGAAGCGUAAGUGAGCAUUCGGUUAUCCUGCAAACAAAAGUUCAGCUGGGUGCCGUUAAGAAAUCGUGGGAAAACCUAUGUGUCUAUGUACUAUUUAAUAUGUAUCAAGCACUGUGUCGCAAUUUAGGGAAAAAGGCGGGUUAAACAUUUUUCAAAUGCAAAAGUUAAAACAAAACAGCACCCACAGCAUCUCACCUUUAUGGCCACUAAAAGCCCCCCCUUAAUCCCCCUCCUCCUUUUGUUGUAAUUCAAUAACCGCUGAAUAAAAUUAUUUCUACUACUACUACUAUUUCUGACCAAGCGUUGAACCCUUCCCAAGCUGGCAGUUUCCGCCUUUUUCCAAUCUUUAUGCUAAGCUAACUGGCUGCUCCAGCUUUAUAUUUAACUGUUAUACAAGAGCAAUAUUAAGCUUCCGUCUGCAUCAAAGUGGAUAAACGUAUCUUCCAAAAUGUGGAACAACUCCUUCACUGACAAGACUGUUUCCACUGCAUUUUUGCCCCUCCUUCUCUAUAAUUGGAUAAAUCUAAAAUCACUCAACCAUAUCUCCAUCAGAGCUGGGUCUCCCAGAAAAAGCCUGAUAAAAUAACUCACACCAGGAACUGAAACAUGUCUCGCUUUUGAUUUCUCUUUGUUCAGCAGCUGCGCCGCAUCUGUCUGAGCUCUUUUGCUUUGAUUCCAUCCACAUGAUCUCUCACCUCAAGCGCCAGUCUCAUACUGUACAGUCUCUCUUUCUCUGUGUUCACAUAUGACGAAUCGGGCAUGUAUGUUGGAUUAAAUAUUUAAAUAAACUUUGUAUACAUUUUAUAGUGAAUCAGUUGACAAUGGCUGUUUUGUUUAUCUUGAUCAUCCUAACAACAGUCUGGUUUGUUUAAAUGAUAAGUCGCUGCUGUAGGGAUUACACUAGUUUAUCUCCUUGUUCAUGAGGACGGUCGUUAAUAGAAACGUGGUGUGAAUAUUUGGAUUCUGAUAGGAAAAUUGUUUUGAUUGUGUUGAGUGGGUUGGAGACAAUGUCUGUCUGCCUUUUAAAGAUAUCUCCGGUAAUUUAUUUUUGAAUAAAAUGUUUACCUUAAGAAUAAAUCAUCAAUUUAA